AAGUGCUGGGAUUACAGGAGUGAGCUACCAUGCCUUGCACAAAGUUUUUUUUUUUUUUUUUUUCAAGAUGUACUUGUGUUUCUUGCCUUCCCGAACUUCUGCAUUUGCUUACAGAGGUCUGGAUCAAACUCCUGAGACACGUUCUUAUUCUGUAAGGAGCCUUUUGAGUCUGGCUUCUUUUACUUAACCCUGCUGACUUUUAAAAGUGGGCUCCUGGUAGCUUACCUUAUAAGCAUAUUGAAUUUACAAACUGAGAUGGGAACCACUGGACUUUGCCCAAGAUGUGACUUCUCUGUUUGCUCAGGAACCAGAGCUUCAGGCAGGACAUAUCCUGCCCCCAGUUGCUCCCAGAACCCUGAAAAGUCUCUGAAGAUGGCAUCUUGUUUAUAUUAUGCUAUUUUAUUUUCCCAAACAGAGAGCAUCUGUGGUUUUGGAAGGUGAGGUUGGAGAUGGGCAAGGACGUUUGCUUUGGAGGAAGGGGCCAUGAACCCCUCCAGCUCCCGACGGCCAGAGAAAGAGGAGUCAGCAUCAAGGUCAAAACAUCUGUACACAACUUGAGCAAAACACAGCAGACCAAACUCACUGUGGACAGCCUGGGAUUAGGCCUCAUCAUCAUCCAGCAUGGACCCUACCUCCAGAUCACCCACCUCAUCAGGAAGGGGGCUGCAGCCAACGACGGGAAACUUCAGCCAGGUGAUGUUCUGAUUAGUGUUGGCCAUGCCAAUGUGUUAGGAUAUACUCUUCGAGAAUUUUUACAGCUUUUGCAACAUAUCACCAUUGGAACAGUGCUACAAAUCAAGGUUUAUCGAGAUUUUAUUAACAUUCCUGAAGAAUGGCAAGAAAUAUAUGAUUUAAUCCCUGAGGCCAAAUUCCCAGUAACAAGCACACCAAAGAAAAUUGAGCUGGCAAAAGAUGAAUCUUUCACAAGCAGUGAUGAUAACGAAAAUGGAGAUUUAGAUAAAAGACUUCAAUAUUAUAGAUAUCCGUGGUCAACUGCACAUCACCCUGCAAGGAGACCAAUAUCCAUCUCCAGAGACUGGCAUGGAUAUAAUAAGGAGAACCAUACUAUUAGUGUAGGAAAAGACAUUAAUUGUGACGUGAUGAUUCACAGAGAUGACAAGAAAGAAGUGAAGGCCCCUUCUCCAUACUGGAUAAUGGUGAAGCAAGACAAUGAAAGCUCUUCCUCCUCUACCUCCUCUACCUCAGAUGCAUUUUGGCUGGAAGAUUGUGCCCAAGUUGAAGAGGGUAAAGCCCAACUGGUAUCAAAGGUUGGUUAGCAAAUCUGUGGUCAUAUGAGCAUUUAUCUUGCAGACACCCAAGUUUUGUGCCUCACCAGGCACAAAUUUGCUAUACUUAUCAAGGACUGUUUGUAGACUCACCAAUUCUCUUCUCUUAUGACUGCAUUAUAAAGCCUUUAGAGAUGUUCUUCAAUAGGAUUAUCUAAAGACUUCCCUGGGUUCUUGCAGGCCUCGCAAAUCUUAUUUUCAGAAUAAGACCCUCCUUUCUGAGAAGAAUUUCUUUUCUUUUAGAAAAUGCCGUAGAGAAAUCCCAUAUCAGAAUGUCUGAACAUAGUAGAGAAUGUCACUUUAUGUAAACACCACGUUUUUCUUUAAAUAUUUAGUUUCUCUCUUUUUUUUGGUAAACUUCAAGUACUAUAAUUAAAAUAA